AUGGCUGAACUUCCGAUAAGAUUUCAGGAGUAUUGCCAGCUCCAAGACUUAGGUGUCAACCCGGCAAACAUAGGGUUCAAUUGGUUGACUAUGGAGUCUGAUCGUUUUAUAUGUGUGCGUGAAACUGCAGGUGGAACAAAUCAAGUCGUCAUAAUCGACCUUAAUGAUCCUCAAAAUGUAAUGAAAAGACCAAUUUCUGCUGAUUCUGCAAUAAUGCACCCAACAAGCAAAAUUCUUGCACUAAAAGCUCAAAGGCAACUGCAGAUUUUCAAUCUUGAUCUAAAAUCAAAAGUUAAGUCUCACAAUAUGCAUGAGGAUGUUGUUUUUUGGAAAUGGAUAAACGUCAAGACGCUCGGUCUUGUUACAGCAACUGCUGUUUAUCAUUGGUCUAUGGACGGCGAUUCUCAGCCGACUAAAGUCUUUGAUAGGCACGUAACCUUACAGAAUGCUCAAAUAAUUAAUUAUCGCGUGAAUUCUGAUGAAAAAUGGAUGGUGCUUGUUGGCAUAUCAGCUGAGGAUGGAAGGGUUGCCGGUCAUAUGCAACUGUUUUCUAAGGAACGUCAAGUCAGUCAGCCAAUUGAAGGUCAUGCUGCUGCAUUCGCCACUUUAUUGUUAGAAAAUGGUGUUUCCCCUACAAGAUUGUUUACGUUCGCCGUACGAAAUCAAUCUGGCGCAAAA